AAAUGCGCAUGCGCACUGCAGUUGACCCCUCCGGUUUUCUGCGUGCACUGCCACGUUAGUAGCGGUAGACACAAAAAUACCAGCUGCUCUCCCAAACCUAAACAAGAAAACAAAAACUCACAAACUGAUACGAAUUUAUCUACUAACUCGUAACCAAUUGCGUCUGCAGCUCUCGUCUCUGUAUUCAAGAAGAAAACUCGACGGUAACUAUGUUUAAGUUUUGGCUGUUGUGUACACUGGCCGUUGCCAGCAGGGCUGAAAUCGCAGAAGAAGAAGAUGUCUUGGUGCUGAAGAAAAGUAACUUCGACGAGGCUCUCCUGGCUCAUCCCAACCUCUUGGUUGAGUUCUAUGCACCAUGGUGUGGCCACUGCAAGGCCCUGGCUCCAGAGUACGCCAAGGCUGCCGGCAUGCUGAAGGCCGAGGGCUCAGAAAUCCGCCUUGGCAAAGUGGACGCCACUGAAGAAAGCGAGCUAGCUCAGGAGUACGGCGUUCGGGGGUACCCCACCAUCAAGUUCUUCAAGGGUGGAGAGAAGGAGUCUCCUAAGGAGUACUCUGCUGGCAGGCAGGCAGAUGACAUCGUCAACUGGCUGAAGAAGCGCACAGGGCCUGCUGUUGCCACCCUGACUGAGGUCACUGCAGCAGAGUCCCUGAUUGCUGACAAUGAGGUGGCAGUCAUUGGAUUCUUUAAGGACGCCGAGUCUGCUGACGCCAAAGCCUUGGAAAAAGCAGCUGAAGCCAUGGAUGAUGUUCCCUUCGCCAUGACCUCCAGUGAUGAAAUUUACUCAAAGUUUGAGGUGUCCAAAGAUGGCGUCAUCCUCUUCAAAAAGUUCGAUGAAGGUCGCAAUACCUUUGAUGGAGAGCUGACGAAGGAGAAGCUCUUGGCUUUUGUUAAGGCCAACCAGCUGCCGUUGGUCAUUGAGUUCACAGAGCAGACCGCCCCAAAAAUCUUUGGCGGAGACAUAAAGUCCCACAUCCUCAUGUUCCUGCCCAAAGCUGCUUCUGACUUCCAGGACAAAAUGGACCACUUUAAGAAAGCUGCUGAGGGAUUCAAGGGUCAGAUCCUGUUCAUCUUCAUCGACAGCGACAUCGACGACAACCAGCGCAUCCUGGAGUUCUUCGGCCUGAAGAAAGAGGACUGCCCCGCCAUCCGCCUCAUCACACUGGAGGACGAGAUGACCAAGUACAAGCCUGAGAACAGCGACAUCACGGCAGAGAGCAUCAUAGGGUUCUGCACAAUGUUCAUUGAGGGCAAACUAAAGGCCCACCUCAUGAGCCAGGACAUCCCUGAAGACUGGGACAAGACCCCCGUCAAGGUCCUGGUGGGCAAAAACUUCGAGGAGGUUGCAUUCAACCCUACUAAGAACGUCUUUGUUGAAUUCUAUGCUCCUUGGUGUGGGCACUGCAAACAGCUGGCUCCCAUCUGGGAGCAGCUGGGAGAGAAGUACAAGGACAGCAGUGACAUCAUCGUGGCCAAGAUGGACUCCACGGCCAACGAGAUCGAAGAGGUCAAAGUCCACAGCUUCCCUACGCUAAAGUUCUUCCCUGCAGGAGAGGGUCGCGAGGUGAUUGAUUAUAAUGGAGAGAGAACGCUGGAGGGCUUCACAAAGUUCUUGGAGAGCGGUGGUAAAGAUGGAGGCGCUCCUGCAGGAGAUGAUGACGUCGAUACAGAUGACUUGGAAGAUGCGGAUGAUUCGGAUGGCGAAGAUGGUGGCGACGAUGAAGGACACGACGAGUUGUAAGAGCUGCAGGAAGAGAGAGAGAGAGAGAGAGAGAGGGCGAGAGGAGACCUACCCCAACCUUUCCAACCAGUCACCACCACCUUUGCUUCCUCGUGGACCUUCCCUGUCCUGUGAACAUUAACAGUCCACCUUAAACUGUCCUUCAGUAAGGCUAGCCUGAGAACCCACCAGUCUGACCAUCCAAGGCUGGUUCGGCAGUUUUUUUUGGUGUUCACAAUCUAAAUCUUUAAUUUGGCACGUUCUGCCCAGACUGGUCUCGCUCCUCCUGCGGGAUUCUUGGGACAGUGACCCCAAUGCCUUGUACACGAGGCUCCUCAUCACAGCCUUGUAUAUUUUUGACCAAAUGAUUUAAGAACAAAAAAUGGCACUGAUGCCCAGUUUUUGAAAUGCUAACAAGUUUAUGACUCCCAUCUAUAAAAUGACAAAAUCCGUUGUUCAGUGUUGGUUUGAGCUGAAUGAAAUGAUCUGCAAGCUGAAAGCUUGGGGGCUGCCAGUGUUCUCCCUCUUAAAGAAAUCCAGAGGACCAUUGGGUUUUGUAAGGACUGUCUCAGGGGACAAGGGGCCAUCCUUCAUUUUUUAUUUUUUUUUUAUAUAUCUAUUUUUUUUAAGUAAACUCAGUGUAGCACACAGAGGACCCCUCCCCCCUCACAUCUGUAGCCGAGACCAGUCAUUUUCUAUCUUCCAACAGGGGGUUGGGUGCCAUUUCUUCAUUCCCACAUAUUUCAGUUCUUUCUCCUCAUGUCAGCAUAUCUACUGACUUAUUUUUGCCUAACAGGAACAGUUAACGUUUGAGUGAAAUCUCUUAUUUAAUUGCAUUCACAUCGGGAGUAUUUGUAUUUUUAUUUUUUUUAAUUUAGGACUUAUUCUUAUUGUACCAUCAUGCCCAACUGUUGCCGGGCGGUUGGCCCUGUUGGGGCCGAGGUGGCCCUUACUCACCCUCUCAGACCUGCAGGGUGACCAGAGCCGGUUCUGAUGGGUCGCACUGCAUUCGCGCCUAAUUGGAGAU